AACCUAUGCAGUGAGUGUCAGGGAAAGAUGGAGCGAUCUCUACUUCUCUCUCUUCUGUGUGUGUGGGCCCUUUGCAGUCUGUCUACAGCAUCAGUGGAGGCAAUUGAAGAGUGCCCAGAGAGAAUACUAGGAAAUGAGAGAAGACGAGCAUGCCCCAGAAAGUGCCAGCAUGACAAAGAAUGUGGCAGUAAGCGUCAGUGUCUCUGUGAUGGGCAGUGUGGACUCAGCUGUGUGGCCCCAGGCCGCACAUGUCCGUGGCCUCUCCCACCAGGCAUAAACUUUGAUGUAUCUCUCCUAUCCCCUUCACCCUCUUUCUCCGCUCUGCUUGAGGUCCGUUGUAACCCUGGGUACACCAUGCCUAACAGGUUGGAUGCAAAAAUACGCCGUUGCCAAGGUGACAGGCAAUGGAGUGGAGAUGAGCCUGUUUGUAUAGCCUCCCCUGAUGAAGGUCUUGCAGCAGAGAUGACAGUGCUGCCUGAGGUGCCCUGUUCUUUGCCAGAUGAUGAACUGCUCUCUGUGCAGGGCAGCACAGUUGUGGGAUCCACCAUCCAUUACAAAUGUGCAUCUAGAUCUGUGCUAGUUGGACAUAGUGAUAAUAUCUGUCAUGAGAACCAGACUUGGCAAUAUCCUCACCCCAUCUGUCGCCGUGUUUCUUGUCCUCCUCCUAAGGAGGUUGAUCGUGGUCACCUGGUAGCUGUCCAGAGAACUGAGUAUGAGGUAGGAGACACAAUCUACUACCUCUGCAAGAAGAGCUUCUUGCUGGAUGGGCCAAAUCAAGUAACUUGUCUACCUAAUGGCACAUGGAGCGCAGAACCUGCUUGCCGGGCCCGUUGUCCAAUCCCAGCACAACGUAGCAGAGUGAUAGUGGGUGGAGUAAAGCGCUGGCCAUAUGAUGUGACUGAUGGUGUAGUUGCUCAUGGAGAGAAUGUGACAUUUUUCUGUAAACAUCCUGACAAACUGUGCAGCUUCACUUCCACAGAAGUUUGUGUGGAUGGACAGCUCACACCACCAAGUUGCUUCCUUGACCCUACCUGGCUGCAGUUCAAGCUCUUCCCUCAUCGGUUGGUCUCUGAGAUUGAUGCAUGUGACCCUACUGACCUUCAGUGAACUCAUCCAAUGCCACUAAGACAGCAAGAGAUUUCAACUCAACCUAAACUCUGAUUUCAGAAUAGUAUAUUGGCACACACAGCUCUCUCUUCAUUUUGACACAUCAUGACCUAACAGGGGUCUUGAUCAACAUAAAGAUUAUUAACAUCUUUUAACAUGCCUUAUAAACUAAAUGUUUUGACUGGAUCCAGUAGGAUCUCACAGUUAUAUCUCAUUUAACACUUUCUUCUAUUUUGCAUGUUGUAUUGACAAAGUUACCCUAAACAGAGCAUGGAGAUAGAAUGUUUGUGUCAUAUCUGAUGUAUGCAAACACCCUUGUACUUGUUAGAGGUAUUGGUACAUGUUGCCAUUAGCUGCUUUCUUUUCUUGCAUUUUGUUGUCAUACAAAGUAAAAAAAAAUGUUUUUUAUGUUUAUCUUAUUAUAGUAUUUUAUUUCUUUGUUACAAAUGUGUUUUCCUGUCAUGCCAGCUGAUGCAUACAUUUGCCAAACCCUAUGGUUGUGGGCAAGCAUGGGCAAUGAUGAACUCUAAAAUCACACCUAAAACUGAUGCUCUCUUAUUGUAGGAUUCCAAAAAGCAGUUCACAAAUACAACUGUUUUAUAAUUGCUUCAGAGCUAUUCAGAUUUUUGACUGGACCGCUUGAUUGAAUAACAUUAAGAAUACAGUAUAAUUGUUCAGAAUAUUAUAGCAGAAAAGACUUGCAGAUGAAGCUUUGCUUACUUAUUUUUAUAUAGGGUUUAGUUUGGCAUUGAGCAAACUUCAAAAUGAAUCAACUUUGAAUGAAAAAGAUUUUCACUAUAUACAUUUAUAAUGGUAUAAUACAUUUCACACUAAAGACACAGUUCUAACGUGUUUGUUGUCAAGCUAUUGAUUAAAUUAU